GGGGGUGUUCAUGAAUUUGCGCGGCGCUCUGUAUUUUUAGCUGAUUAGCAUGCUAGCAACAGUGUCGUCGUUAUUAUUUCGUAGCAUUGCGUCCUCUGUUUUUUUAAGUGCUUGAAUAGGACAAGGUCAUGCACUGUAGUGACGUAUUAUAAAUGUAAAGCACACAAGUGUAGUAGCUUUGUGCUGUUUUUACCGCACUAGUUUUGCUUGUUCGGUAUGUUUUUACCCUUAACAUGGAGUCAAAAAGAUGGGAGAUCCCCAACGGCGUACUGGACGACCUUUGCAGUCGCUUCAUUCUUCAUAUCCCUAGUGAAGAGAGGGACAAUGCAAUCAGAGUUUGCUUCCAGAUUGAGCUUGCCCAUUGGUUUUACCUGGAUUUCUGUUUGCAGAAUUCACCAGGAUUACCUCAGUGUGGGAUAAGGGACUUUGCCAAGGCUGUUUUUAAUCACUGUCCAUUCCUGCUGCCCCAAGGAGAGGAUGUUCAGAAGGUUUUAGAGCAGUGGAAAGAGUAUAAGAUGGGUGUACCCACAUUUGGGGCAAUUAUUCUUGAUGAAACACUUGACAAUGUGUUGCUAGUCCAAGGCUAUUUGGCCAAGUCUGGCUGGGGAUUUCCUAAAGGGAAAGUAAAUGAAGAUGAGGCUUUCCAUGACUGUGCUGUGAGAGAAGUUUUGGAGGAGACAGGCUUUGAUAUCCGGGACCGGAUCUGCAAAAAGACAUAUAUUGAACAGAGAAUUUCAGAUCAGUUGGCUCGAUUGUAUAUUAUUCCAGGAGUUCCUAAGGACACAAAGUUUAACCCCAAGACCAGAAAGGAAAUACGGAACAUUGAAUGGUUCCCAGUGGACAAGCUGCCUUGUCACAGGAAUGAUAUGACUCCUAAAUCCAAGCUUGGACUGGCUCCAAAUAAGUUUUUCAUGGCUAUUCCAUUUAUGAGGCAGCUCAAAGAGUGGAUAGCCAAACACAAAGGAGAAUCAACGAGCAGUGAUGAGGAUUUGGCAUCCAAUGGCAGCACACCGUCCAAACCAUUCCGCUGUCCAAAAGAAGAAAAGAAUAGAGAGCUUUGGGUUACAGCAGUCAGAAGAGAGAAAUGUUCUGUCACUUCCUCUGCAACUGUGUUAGAAACCUCAUUGCAGCUGUGUUCUAAGCCCAGAAAGUCUCAGAUGUUGGUGGAAGCAUUGCCAGGGUCGGGUGAGGGCUGGUCUAAGCAAAAACAAACUGCCCAGAGUGAAUUAUUAGAUGUGCUUAAACCCAAGAAUCAUGUGAAAGGCAAUGGAAAGAGACACCAGGACUCUCCAAAUAUGAAAAAAAGAGCUAACGGUGUCAGUCACCAGCAGAAAGAUGACAAGAAACUUCAACCCAGAAGACUGCAGGAUAAUUUUGACACAGAUGUAACUGGUAAUGUAUAUGUCUAUAAUGGACAGACGAGCAUGUGUUAUGGGGACUCUGAUUACAUCAUAUCCUCGCAGUCGUUCCUCAGCUUCAAAUUCGACAGGGAGGCCAUCAUGAAAUCCUGCUUUGACUCCUGAAGUUCUGUUGCUCAAUCCCUCUGUUUUAAAAGAUCUGAUGGAGCAAAUUUACCCAAGGUACAAUGAGAUGUAUUGUGUGUUGGACCAAGAUUGCAAAAAAAAUUCCUUUUUUACACACAAAUGUCAGUUUAUAGUAACCUGAAUCAGAAAUUGCUAUUGUUUGAGUAGACUAUAUAUUUAUGCUAAAACUUAAAUUAAAAACUUAAACAUGAGAAAGCAUCAUGAUAAAUCUAAAUGUUUCACGUCAUUCAAAAGAAUGUGGUAUUGGUAAACUAUAUUGUUUUUUUAAUCCGUAGAGAAACUAACUGGUUUGUCCAUAAAACAAGUUACUAUAUUCCAUUAGCAGUUGUAAAGGGUUUUGAAUCGAGUCAGAGCAUCUGAAGAAGUGCAUAUUGUAGCUCAACUCUUGUGGUUUCAUUGUGAACUUAAGUCACAUGGAAAUUUUAUUUCUAUGGCUGAAUUUAUCUCAGUACAUUGUUAGCUUUCUUUUGCUGUGUAAAAUUUGAUGAAUUUCAACUUGGCUAGUUUCAGAAGCUGUUUAAUGAGGAAAGCAUGCUUGCAUAAUGUCUCGCAGAAGCAGUACAACUCCAGUCAGUAAAACAUCUGCUUAUUUUGACAUUCACAGAUGACAUUCAUGCAUCUGUUGUUAGUGAAACAAGUGUUUGAAUUGCUGUUUGAACAAUAUUUCAUACAUGUUUCCCUGAUAUGUCAUUGGUUUUCCUGUCUAUGCCCUGAAGCUGUUUUUGUGUACAUGUCUGAUCAUUUUUUUUAUUAUUAUUAUAAAGGCGUUUAUAUUUUUAUCAUUCUUUAACUGCUGCUCAAAUUUUACAUUUGUGAAUUUUUCCCCACCCUUCAUGUGUUUAAGUAUAUAUAUAUAUAUAAAAAGAAAUAAAAAAAAAAUGUCUUUGGCAACUCAGUUUACAAUUCAACAACAUAAUUCAUGUAACCACAUUAUCUAUGGUCUGUUUUCCUUGUGAUUUUCUUUUGAUAAAUAAAGACACUUUAUUAAAGAA